UGUGAUUUAAAGUAAAAUAUGUUUACAUUGUUUGUGAAAAACGAAAACACAAUUUGGGGUUAACGUUUGAACGAAGGGCUCAUUUUUACAGAGGAAAACACUACAUAGUCAACAACUCGAAUCGAUUUGUGUUGUGGUGAACGCCAAAAUGAACUUAGAUCUCGUUACAGAAGAAGAGAGGAACAUCAAUGACGGCGAAAAUGUGUGUCUCUUCGUGUACGUCACGCCCCCAGGGAGAGAGGAUCAAAAACGUCACCUUCUACUGUCACCUGGGCUGUUGUGGGGUGAAGAACAGCCAGUUCUGCUGUUUCAGCGAAACCACCAUCCUGUUGGCCACCAUAGCCUGUGGCAUGCUGACCACCAUGUGUCUGCUCGCCUUCUGUGUGUACAAGAAAUGUCGCGGGCGCGUGCUGCAAGCUCCACAAAAACAAAAACAGGAACGGAAGACGCCAGCGUUACCCAACACCUUAUGGACCGCGGGUCUCCCCGUGACCCACAUUGUUGAUUCCCGCUCCUACGCCCUACGUCGUGUCCCCACACGUCUGCCCAUGG